UGUAAAUUAAUGUUGACGGCACCAAAGUUAUUGAUUGAAUUAUACCUAGAGGUUGAAUCCUCCGACACCAUCGACAACGUCAAAGCCAAAAUCCAAGAUAAGGAAGGAAUUCCACCAGACCAACAGCGUCUCAUCUUCGCCGGAAAACAACUCGAAGACGGCCGUACUCUUGCCGAUUAUAACAUCCAAAAAGAAUCCACACUCCAUCUCGUUCUCCGUCUCCGUGGCGGCAUGCAAAUCUUCGUCAAAACCCUAACUGGCAAAACCAUCACACUCGAAGUCGAAUCUUCUGACACAAUCGACAACGUGAAGGCAAAGAUUCAAGAUAAAGAAGGAAUUCCUCCUGAUCAACAACGAUUGAUCUUUGCAGGAAAGCAAUUGGAAGAUGGUAGAACUCUUGCUGAUUAUAAUAUCCAGAAAGAGUCUACGCUUCAUUUGGUUCUUAGGUUACGUGGUGGAAUGCAGAUUUUUGUGAAGACGUUGACGGGAAAGACGAUUACUUUGGAGGUGGAGAGUUCUGAUACUAUUGAUAAUGUGAAGGCGAAGAUUCAGGAUAAGGAGGGGAUUCCACCUGAUCAGCAGCGAUUGAUCUUUGCUGGUAAACAGCUUGAAGAUGGAAGGACUCUUGCUGAUUAUAAUAUUCAGAAAGAAUCUACGCUUCACCUUGUUCUCAGGCUCCGUGGUGGCGGCAAUGUAUAAGUUGAUUGCAUAAGUUUCUAUGUUAUGUUUCCUUUUAUAUGAAUGUUUGUUCUGUUCUUUGUUGAAAGUUAAUCAAUAAAAGUUUUAAUUUUCUAUCAA